AUGAUGAUAGACAAUUGUCGUGAGCUUAUGGAUUUAUAUAAAGAUUAUAUUGAUAUAUUUAAGACAUUAUACAGGAUAAAUAUGUUCAAAGAAUGCGAUAUUGACAGGAUUUACAUUGAUAUCAAAAUCAAAUUGUUCGAAACAAAAUUAAUUUCACCAAUUCAAUUAAUCUUGAUAAUAUCAAAUAUGUUUCCAUACAAUAAUCGCUAUUUGAGGUCAUAUUUGGCCAUAUUCAAAAAGAUUUAUGACGAUUAUCAUCCAAAGCAAGUCGGAGGCAUAAAUUAUCUAUUUGAUUGUUUUAUUUUUAAAGAGUAUGGAGUCCAUUAUCACGUUAACCAUACUUGUUUCUAUGACGAAUAUAAAAAUCUUCCAAUAGAUGUAUUUGAAGAAAACACCAUUUACAUAGCAAUAAUGAAUGACAAUGUUAAAUCAUUUAUAUCAUUCACAAAGAAGGAAGGAUUUGAUAUAUUUCAAAAACUUAAAAGCUAUUUUUUCCCUAACGAAUUCACUCAAUAUUCAUUGCUAGAUUUAUGCUGCUAUUAUGGAUCUGUUGAUUGUUUUAAGUAUUUAAGAUCAGAGUAUCACUUCACAAUCACCUCAUUAUGUCUACAGUUAUCAUUUUUAGGAGGCAAACCUGAUAUUAUGCAUGAAUGUUUGAAAUACAAUAGGCCAACACAAGAAUGCAUGCAAUAUGCAAUAGCUUCUGGCAACGUUGAUUUUGUAACCUUUUUGAUGAAUGAUUUUGGUUUAAGAAUUUACUUGAAUGAUUGCCGUUUAUUCCAUAAUCUGCAAGCUUUUUUGAUUUACUUAGAUCAAACAAACGAUGUCAGUAGAUGCUUUCCUUACUCAGGAUGUUUUAAUAUCCCACUUCUUUGUGAAUUUUUGCUUUAUAAAGGUGCGGAUUUAAAUGCAUGUGACAAUUUGGGUUAUACUGCUCUUCAUAUUGCCACAAUUCAUAACAAUAAAGAAGUUGUCGAGUUUCUUAUAUCACGAGGUGCUGAUAUCAAUGCAAUCAGCUCUGCAAAUGGUUAUUCUGCACUUCAUCUUUCAAUUAGUAAUAAUGAUAUAGAAUUUGCAGAAUUUCUUAUUUCGCAUGGUGCAGAUCUAAAUGUAAAAGAAAAACAUGGACAAACUCCUCUGAAUUUUGCAGCAAUCAAUUCUAAAAAAGAUUUUGUAGAAUUAUUACUUUUACACGGAGCCAAUCCAAAUGAAAUUGAUUGUUGGGGAAAUACAGCAGCAUAUUAUAUAAAUAACUAUUAA